AUGUUUUAUUUUCAGUGGAAGGCCACUAGCAUUCGGUUGAAAGCUAAUCGCCGCUAAGCUAACGUUAUGAAUGAGUGGAGCUGACGUUAGGCUAACGCAUGCUAACGGGAGCUAAGCUGUUCCACUAACUCACUUGAUAAAACGUGCUGAUAAAACAAAGAACCCGCUUCAGGUGGAAAAAGCAAAGGUUUCAUCAUUUACAAGGCUCCACCAUGGAUAUCCGACCCAACCACACCAUCUAUAUCAACAAUAUCAAUGACAAAAUCAAGAAGGAAGAGCUGAAGCGCUCGCUCUACGCGCUCUUCUCUCAGUUCGGGCAGAUCAUCGACAUCGUGGCCAUGAAGACCAUGCCAAUGAGGGGACAGGCCUUCGUCGUCUUCAAAGAGCUCGCUGCUGCCACCAAUGCCCUGAGGCAGCUGCAGGGCUUCCCCUUCUACAACAAGCCCAUGAGGAUACAGUACGCAAAGACCGACUCUGAGGUCAUCACCAAGGUCAAGGGCUCCUCUGCCGACAAGGAGAAGAAGAAGGAGAAGAAGAAGAAGGCUCAGGAGCUGGCAGCUAACGCCACAAAGAAGCCAGCAGCGGCGUCAGCAGCACCUGUGCACACGCCUGUAGUGCAGGUUCCAGACAACCCGCCCAACUACAUCCUGUUCCUCAACAACCUUCCGGAAGAGACCAAUGAGAUGAUGCUGUCCAUGCUGUUCAACCAGUUUCCUGGUUUCAAAGAGGUGCGGCUUGUCCCGGGGAAACACGACAUCGCCUUCGUGGAGUUUGAGAGUGACACGCAGGCAGGCGUGGCUAAAGACGCGCUGCAGGGCUUCAGGAUCACAGCGACCUGCGCCAUGAAGAUCACCUACGCCAAGAAGUAGCUCCUAGCUUCAACACAGUGACUAUGGAGGGGUGGGGGGGGGGCCCCUGGCUUUCCAUUGGGUUCACGGGUUCUUGAGAUUUUUGUAAAUCGUACAGAGCGUUUUGUUUUAUUUUUUUCCUUUUUGGUUUGUUUUCUACUUAGUUUUUUGGUUAAAUCUGUCCCAUCAGUCAUGGAGAAGAGAAACAUCUCUGGCCUGCAUCGUAUUUUGUAAACUGUGAAAUAAAAGCUUUUUACACA